GUGGUUCGCUACUCUGCUUUGUGCGCCGCCCUGUCCUCCCCGACCCCAAGGAGCGUGCCAGUGUCCUCCCCAGAAAGGGGCUUCGCGGAGCGCCUGGAGACGGCCCUCCGGAUGCCCGUCACGUGGGCUGUCCGGGCUUGCGAGGAGCAUGGGCGUGCUCCGCGUGGGACUGUGUCCCGGCCUCACCCAGGAGAUGGUCCAGCUUCUGAGGAGUCGCGGGAUCAAGACAGUGGUGGACCUGGUUUCUGCAGACCUGGAGGAGGUAGCCCAGAAGUGCGGCUUGUCUUACAAGGCCCUGGUCGCCCUGAGGCGGGUGCUGCUGGCUCAAUUCUCAGCGUUCCCCUUCAAUGGCGCUGAUCUCUAUGAAGAACUGAAGACGUCCACCGCCAUCUUGGCCACCGGCAUCGGAAGCCUAGAUAAACUGCUUGAUGCUGGUCUUUAUACUGGAGAAGUGACUGAAAUUGUAGGAGGCCCACGUAGCGGCAAAACCCAGGUAUGUCUUUGUGUGGCUGCAAAUGUGGCCCACAGCCUGCAGCAGAAUGUCCUGUACAUUGAUUCCAGUGGUGGGCUGAUGGCCUCCCGCCUCCUCCAGCUGCUGCAGGCCAGAACCCAGGAUGAGGAAGAACAGGCAGGAGCUCUCCAGAGGAUCCAGGUGGUACAUGCGUUUGACAUUUUCCAGAUGUUGGAUGUGCUGCAGGACCUCCGAGGCACUGUGGCCCAGCAGGUGACCAGUUCCUUAGGGACUGUGAAGGUGAUCGUGGUGGACUCAGUCACUGCAGUGGUCUCCCCAAUUCUGGGAGGUCAGCAGAGGGAAGGCUUGGCCUUGAUGAUGCAGCUGGCCCGUGAGCUGAAGACCCUGGCCCGAGACCUCAGCGUGGCGGUGUUGUCUGUCUUUCUGCAGGUGACCAACCACACGAUCCGAGACAGGGACAGUGGGAGGCUCAAACCUGCCCUCGGUCGUUCCUGGAGCUUUGUGCCCAGUACCCGGAUUCUCCUGGACCUCGUAGAAGGAUCAGAAGCAUCAGGCAGCCAGCGUUCCAUGUGUCUGACCAAAUCUUCCCGCCAGCCAACAGGUUUCCAGGAGAUGGUAGACAUUGGGACCUGGGGGACUCCAGAGAAGAGCCCAGCCUUACAGGGAGAUCAGACGUGACUGGUACUAUUGUUUAAGAGUGGGAGGCACCGAGGCCCCCUCACUUGCCUUCUCAGUGUUGCCUUCUGUUCACUGCCACCCAGCAGUUGGGGCCGCAGAAGUUCUACCCUUGUGGAAGCAGGGAGAGCCAUAGGCAAAGCAGGAUGCUGCAGUGGGAGGACCCAGAAAUCCACGCUGGUGCCGAGUUUCCUUCCCUGCUUCUGCUGUGUGUGUUUCCAGUGGGAGCCAAGUUCCCCUUGGCUUGGGGCAUCUCUGAAGAGACACACUCUGAACUGGACGGUAACCCUGUGUGUCACCAUUAUAAGCUGUGCUCCAUCCUAGCACAGUGGCCAAGCCAGGAAGCCUGUAACUUUCUUUUGCUUCCCUUUCUUUUUUCAGUGGGGAGGUUUCUGUUUUUUAAAAACUCUGUAAGAUGGGGCCCCCUCUUCCCCUUUACUCAACCUCUGAGUCACUGGGUUGAAAUAACCUCGUAAAUGCAAAACUCUUCUUCUAUGUCUUGCUCUUAAAAAUAUAAAAAGGAAAUUCCCUGAGCCUCAGAACCACCUGAUUUCUCUCCGAGAAAGCUGUUUUUCAGUUUCUCCCAGUGAGGCCCCCAAGAACGGUUAUUCCUCCUUUCCUGUUGCUAAUUUGGUUUCACACACCUGCAUGCAUCACCAUGGUUAGGUGAGAACGUGAGCUCGCUGCAGUCCCAGGGAUAUAAUUUAACAGGAAGGGAGGAUAUGACCAGUUCCUGGUGAAUCCAGCCAUUUGUUUAAUAUGCACAGUGCCCUGUGGGGCCCCUCCACAGUAUAGAGUAACUGGAGGUGCUGAACCAUGGCCUUGGCCAUAAACAGUCAGAGGAGAAUUUGCACAGUAAAUAGAGCCAGCUGGGAAAAUUGAUGCUGGCGUAAAUAAUACAUGGCAAAUCUAGUCCUUUAUGCAGAAAUUCAUUGCUAGUGGCUCCGAGAUGCAAUAUAAUUACACCUCUCUUCCUGCCAGCUGUACCACAGCCUGGUGCCCUAGAGUAUGAAAUAACCCCCCUGUCUGUUACCAGUGCUGUGGCCAUCCGUCUGAGAGCCGUAACCCUGGCUGGGAGGGGAGGACAAUGCCAGAGAAUGGAAAAUAAAAGGCAAAGUAGAGAAAUGCUCAGGAUUGUGUACUGACCACACUUUUAAAAAGGAAGGUCACCUUUUUUGGUUAAGAGCCUGUUCUGUAAUUAAUUAGUUGUGUUUUGGCUGCAGGAAAGGGGAAGCAGAGUUCCAUGCAGAAGAUAUGCUGGAUACAGCAGGGUUAGAAGCAAGAAGCAUAAAAGCAUGGAGGAUAGAGAAUGGGCUACAAACCGGCAGCAGGGUGCCUGAGUGAAGGAGAGCAGGGUUGGUG